AUGAGAAACAAUGUGGAUCAAAAUGGAAUGAGAGAGAAGCCUUUUUACCUUCUUGUUGGGUUGCGAAGUGGGAGACGGGGGAGGUUGGGCGCCGGUGGCGGAGUUGUCGCGAUGGCUGACGAGAUGGAGGAUCUCCUGCUCAAGAGCUUCAUGUCCGAGGUCAGCGAAGUUGAGAGGGAUAACGAGGUCACAAGGAUUCUGUCAUGCUUCAAGCUGAAUCCGUUUGAGCAUCUUAAUUUGUCCUUUGAUUCCUCGGUUGGUGAUGUGAAGAAACAGUAUAGAAAGUUGUCCUUGCUGGUUCACCCUGAUAAGUGCAAGCAUCCGCAAGCAAAAGAGGCUUUUGCAGCACUAGCAAAAGCUCAGCAGCUACUCCUCGAUCCUCAGGAAAGAGACUACAUUCUUAGCCAAGUUGAUGCUGCUAAACAAGAGCUUAAGGUAAAGAAGAAAAAAGAGCUGAAGAAAGAUAAUGCUUCUAAAAUAAAAGCAAUGCUAGAUGAGGGGAAAUCUGAGCAGCAGUAUGAACAAUCACAAGAGUUCAAGCAACAGUUAAAAAUUAAAGUGCGUGAAAUUUUAACUGAACAAGAGUGGAGGAGGAGGAAAAUGGCAAUGAGGAUAUCCGAAGAGGAAGGAAGACUGAAGAAAGAUGAAGAAGAAACAAAGGAGAUGUGGAAAAGAAAACGUGAGCAUGAGGAACAGUGGGAGGAAACAAGAGAUAAACGAGUUUCCAGCUGGAGAGAUUUCAUGAAGACCGGAAAGAAGGGUAAAAAAGGUGAGAUACGGCCUCCCAAACUGAAGACAGAAGAUCCAAACAAGUCUUAUGUGCAAAGGCCAGUAAAUCGAGGUUGAGAAUCUCACGACAACAAUAUCUGAUAAGUCUGCCAUGCUGGAUUCAGUUAAAUGUUAUAUUUACUCCGGUUGUUAAGUCGUUAACAUUAAUUGGAGUUGUACACUGGAGUUGCAAAGCUAAUUAGUACUCCCUUAUUUCCAUUUGCCAGUUGCUUUGUGCGCCAGUUUGGAUGAUUGAAUCAUUUGCUGGUCUUUGACUGGUUGUUAUAAAAUCAUUUUUAGCUUAUAUACUUACUGCUGGAUGCCAAAUCCAACUUGUAAUUAAAUAGGUGUGUAGUGCACAUUUACAGGCAGCAAGUGAAUUUGUUAGUUUAUAGUUUAUUCACAAAACAAA